CGUUGUGGAACAUUCCAGAAUGAGACGUUUAGGUGCAGCUCUUCCGUUAACAUCCACGUGAAAGAAAACACUUGGCAUGGCUUAAGGUUACGAACGGUGAUUAAACGUAAGAGAGAAGCUGGUUUGAAACAGAAAGCGUGACCAUGUCUUCAGCCUGUGCAGCGUUGUGCCGGCGAUGCAGGUGGCUUCUCUCCCCAAAGAGUAGCACUCGUCUGUACAAUGUUCAAGUUCAACGUAGUAUGAAGGUGGACCAAUCUGCCAGAGUCGGUAACGGAUUCUCAUCCAGAGGAAAUCACACGGCAACUCUCACAGGACUGAGCUGGAAACGACAAACAUCCUACCACCACGAUUUCACAACAAAAUAUCUGACGACUGAGGCAAAGGAAAGCACAGAUGAGUUGUCCAGAACUGACGCCACAGAAAACAAACCUGCUCUGAUGCCAGCAGUAGAUGCCUUUACGCUGGGCAAAAGCAAGAAGUCUCCUGACGACUUGGAUGCUGAUGACGAAUGUUCAGCAUUGGAGGAAAUCAGUGAAGAAGAAGCUUUUGGCAUUUCUAUACCUCCUUCUAUUCCUCCAGCCUCAACCUCUCUUCAACAGUAUGUUGACAAGUCGGAGACGCUUACAAAGCUGGUCCAGCUUGGAGUAAGUUUGUGGAAGCUGGAGCGAAGGCCCAAUGUUGGCUCCAUGCUACUUAAGCUGGACUUCAACAGAGACGUAGCACCUCGCCUGUUGUUCCUGAAGGAGAUUGGAGUGGAGGACUCGCGCUUGGGCUACAUCAUCUCUCACAACCCAUUCAUCCUCUCUGAGAAUUUGGAAAACCUGCAGGCCAGGGUGAACUAUCUAAAGUCAAGGAAGUUCAGUUCAGAAACUGUUGCAUCUAUGGUCUCCAGAGCUCCAUAUCUGCUUAACUUCAGCGUGAAGAGGCUGGACAACAGACUGGGCUUUUAUCAGCAGCAGCUGAAACUCAGCUCUGCCAAUACACGGAAUAUCGUUGCUCGUCUCCCCAGAUUAUUGUGCGGCAGCUUGGAGCCUGUGAAAGAAAAUUUGAAGGUGUGUGAAAUGGAGCUUGGCUUUAAGGAAAAUGAGAUCCAGCACAUGGUUGUUGCUGUCCCUAAGGUGUUGACAGCCAAUAAAAAGAAGCUAACCCAGAUCUUUGACUUCCUUCACAACACCAUGAAGGUUCCUCACUAUCUGAUCACAAAGUUUCCACAGGUCCUCAACACAAAGUUCUUGCGUCUCAAAGAGCGCCACCUGUUCCUCGAGUAUCUUGGAAAAGCUCAGUAUGACCCAAACCUGCCUGGCUACGUCUCCCUGGACCGCUUGGUGUCCCUGCCAGAUGAGACGUUUUGCGGGGAGCUGGCUUCGGCCACACUGGAAGAUUUUUAUUUGUUCCAAAAGACACUUUGAUUCAUCUUGAUGGGACGUUUAAAGUGACUCGUCCUCAAAGUCACAAAUUACACUGAAAACAUGCAGUGGAUUCAGGCACAUGUAUGGAUGGAAGAUGUUUUAUCAAUAUCUUUAUAAAAAAUAAAUGAUGCAUGUCAACCUCUGCUAAAAAUUACCGUCUUUUACCCACAACAGGUUUUAACUCAUGUAUGUACAGUUAUGUAUCUGCAGUUUGAAUGUAUAAAUUUAUGUACAUAACAGGAUUUGUACUGAAUAUAUUUAAAUGUAACAUUUAACUUUUUCUCGUGUAUAGUUUUGUUUCACUCCUGUUUUAUUUAAUUCUAUACAUCUCAUUCUACUACACAUUUUAACUGUUUAAAAUCACCUUUGAAGUUGCCAUUUCUCGAUAUCAGUAAAGGUAAAGUAUGUUGA